AUACAGAUCAGGUCCUGGUCGGGCAAUUGGUAAUAAGCUGACCCAGUUGUCUCCUCUUCUCCUGAAUGAUCCCCCAAGGAUGGACAAGGACAGGAAUGAGAUGACUAAGAGAAUAUUACACUUCACCUUGGAGAUCCUCCACCUGCUGACCGGAGAGGAUUACACCAUAGUGAAGAAGACAUGGGACAAGGAGCCUCCACUUCUGUCACUGAUACAUGAGCAGAAAAUCCUAGAACUGACCAACAGGAUCACUGAGCUGCUGAUUAGAGAGGUUCCUAUAAGGUGUCAGGAUGUGGCGGUCUAUUUCUCCAUGGAGGAGUGGGAGUAUGUAGAAGGACACAAGGAUCUGUACCAGGACAUAGUCAUGAUGGAGGAUCACCGGCCCCUUACAUCACAAGAUGGAGUCAUUGAUAGAAAUCCACCCGAGAGGUGUCCCCGCCCUCUGUAUUCCCAGGACUGUCCAGAGGAAAAUGUCCUAGAGAAGCAUCAGGGGGAAGAUCUGACUAUUAUUAAAGUGGAGGAUGAAGAGUGGAUGAUGGACGAUCACCCAGGUAUGGGGGAAGAGACGGAGGAAAUUCCAGGAGGUGUUACCCCAGAACAUUCCAGUAAGAAUUCUGAGGGAAACUUCAUGUUUUCCCUGAAUGAAGAAGGAGAAUAUGGAGAGAUCAUGGAGCGCUCCUCAGGAGAAGAUGGAGAGAUCAUGGAGCGCUCCUCAGGAGAAGAUGGAGAGAUCAUGGAGCGCUCCUCAGGAGAAGACCUCCUUGCCCCUAAUGUCCAUCCAGGACUUCACAGUACAGAUGGAUCCUAUAAUUAUCCCCCUAAUUUUGAGGAACCUUUUCCUGACCAACCACCGAUUGAGGGGGGGAGGAUUCGAUGUGAUGAAUGUGGAAAAGAGUUUACUAGAAGAUCAAGUCUUUUCACACACAAAAGAAUUCACAAAGGCGAAAGACCCUUUUCAUGUUCAAAAUGUGGGAAAUGUUUUACCCAAAAAUACCAUCUUGUUACACACGAGAGAAGUCACACGGGAGAGAAGCCGUAUACUUGUUCAGAAUGCGGGAAUAGCUUUACAAAUAAAUCAGCUCUUGUUACACACGCGAGAUGUCACACAGGAGAGAGGCCAUAUUCUUGUUCAGAAUGUGGAAAAUGUUUUGCAAUUCAAUCAAAUCUUGUUAGACACGAGAGAAUUCACUCAGAGCAGCCAUAUUCAUGUUCAGAAUGUGGGAAAUGUUUUACACAACAGUCCAGUCUUCUUGCACAUGUGAGAAGUCACGCAGGAGAGAAGCCGUAUGCAUGUUCUAAAUGUGGCAAAUGUUUUAUAAAUCAAUCACAUCUUGUUAGACAUGAGCGGAUUCACACAGGAGAGAAGCCGUAUUCUUGUUCAGAAUGCGGGAAAUGUUUUAUAAAUAAAUCAGAUCUUGUCAGGCAUGAGAGAAUUCACACAGGAGAGACGCCGUAUUCCUGUCCAGUAUGUGGGAAAUGUUUUAAAAAUAAAUCAGACCUUGUUUCCCAUGAGAGAGGUCAUACUCAUGUUCUAAAUAUGGGAAACGCUUUGCAAAUUAAUCAAAUCUUGUUAGACAUGAGAGGAUUUACACAGGAGAGAAGCCAUAGUCCAGACCAGAAUGCUGAAAAUGAUUUAUAAAUCAGUAGAAAUGAGUGAAUUCACACAGGAAAGAUGUAUUCAUGUUCAGAAUGUGGGAAAUGUUUUACAAAUAAAAAAAUAAAAAAGAU